CAGGUUUUUGCGCUACCACCCAAAGCAAGGUCAUUUACAUGUGCGACCAAGGUGAUGUUGAGGUUGCCCGCAGCCAUGCUGGUGAAGCUCUCACAGGAUUUGCGGGACGGCCACAUGAGAAUGACGACGAAGGGUGUGUAACCCAGGGUCCUUACUGGCGGCCAGCUGGGUCGGCCGUUUCAGGAGGCCCAGCAAGUAUACAAAUUGAACGUCCAUGGUACGAUAGUCCAUACACAGGAUAUAACCUGCCAGUGGCUCCUCCGGCUCCGCAGAUAUUGACGGGUGUUUGGCAUCUUCCAACGGACUUUGUGAAUUGCAACUCAAGCACUAGCAGCGCAACGCGAGGGAGUUUCAAGACAAGAGCACCGCACACUUCCAAACCACGAGUUUGAGAGCCAGAUAACAACCGCCCAGCAUGAUCCUCGCCGACCUCGUUUCCAUCAUCCUGCGCCUCGCGGAGCUGGCCUUUGCCGCCAUUGUGGCAGGCCUCAACGGCGACUACCUGCAUUCGGUGACGGGCACCAGCUCGUGGCACCUCGGGCGCUUCAUCUACACCGAAGUGGUCGCGGGCCUCGCCAUCCUGCUCGCCAUCAUCUGGCUGUUCCCCUUCAGCGGGUCCUUCAUCCACUGGCCGGUCGACUUCGUCAUCAGCGUGGCCUGGUUUGUCGCCUUCGGCCUGCUUGUUGACUGGUUGGACGACAGCUGCGGCGACGUCUUUGAUUGGGACGGCAUCAACUUCAACGGCACUGCGUCAUGCGCACAGUGGAAGGCUGUCAUCGCCUUUUCGUUUUUGAGCGCCAUUUGCUGGCUUGUCAGCGCCAUCUUGGGCAUUUAUUGGGUCCGCCGUCAUACGGCCCCGGCCGCCGGGGGCUAUCACCGACGCCGCUGGUACCGUUCGAGAGUCUAAAUGAAUCGUCUGGGGGCAUGCCAAUUGUCGUUGUCUCUCUCCGUCGGAUAAGCGCUCUCUGCUGCACGCCAAUUGCGCCCAUUUCUCUCGAACUCAUGAUACCCACCGCUUGUUCUUUAAUACCCGGUUUCUUUUGAUGUUAUUGCAGCCAUAGUUUCGAGUCUGAUCCUGUGUGGGCUGCUUCUUACUCUAUGUCUUUCAAGAUGACUCGGAUCAAGUCUAAUUUCAUUCUUUGCAUGCUGGAGGCCCAUUAUCGUGGAAACCGAGCAACUGUAUUGUGGUAAUGAGUUCCUACAAAAGAACAUUUCACAUCACCA